GGAUGACAUCCUAACAUGCAUGCUACAACACACGUCACAGCACAUUGAAAACAUCUCCAUGAUGUCCACUGACUGUAACUGGUGUUGACGUCAUGGCUCCCAGCUCUGCAGACCAGCCCCCAGUACACUGACUGGGAGCCCGGCUACAGCGGCAACUACUUUGAGGAGGACGAUGGCGGCCUGCCCGAGAUGUGUGACCCCGAGGAUGAGGAGGUGGCGGCCAUCAGGGCCUUCCAGUCCCUCAUGUUCUGCCUCAUCUUCCUGACGGGCGUGGCAGGGAACGUCCUGGUCAUCACCACCUUCAGCCUGUACCGCCGCCGCCACCUGCGCUCCAUGACCGACGUCUUCCUGGUGCACCUGGCGCUGGCCGACUUCCUGCUGCUGCUCACCCUGCCCUUGCAAGGCGUGGACACCCACCUGGGCUGGGUGUUCUCCGAGCUGCUGUGCAAGGCCACGCGCGCCAGCUACGCCCUCAACACCUACAGCGGCCUGCUGCUGCUGGCCUGCAUCAGCGUGGACCGCCUGGUGGUGGUGGCCUGGCCGCAGGGGGUGCUGCGGCUGCGUGGCCGGCUGCUGGCCGCCGGCAAGCUGACGUCCCUCGCCGUUUGGCUGGCGGCCCUCCUGCUGACCACGCCGGAGCUCCGCUACGCCGGCGUGUCGCAGGAAGGCGGCGACAACCACUGUGUGAUGAGGGAGAGCUCGACGGUCAGACACGUCACCUCCGUGGCGCUCAUCGUCGUGUUCGGCCUGUCGUCCGUCGUCAUGGUGACGUGCUACUCCUGCGUGGGCAGGAUGCUGAGGGCGGGGCCCGGUAAGAAGGGGUUGAGCAAGCGGAGGGGUAGCCAACGGCAACAGCGGACCCUGAAGCUGAUGGUGACGCUGGUGGCGGUGUUCCUGCUCUUCCAGCUGCCCCACACUGUGGUGCAAUGGCACAAGUUGGCGGCGGUGGCGUUCUGUGGUGUUGUUCUGGAGUAUGUGACGUGCACGUUGGCGUACAGCCGCUGCUGCCUCAACCCCAUCCUCUACGCCCUCAUGGGCUCACGCUUCCGCAGCGACCUGCGCAAGCUGGCGGACGCGACGGCCUGCCGCAGGCACCGCCUCCGCCCCCAACGCCCCCCAGUGGUCCAAACAGCGAACAGCAGCUCAAUGUCCUCUCCUCCUUAUUCUUCCUAUCCCUGCCCCCCACCACUCUCCCCCACCUUCUCCUCCGGCCCGACCCUUCACUCCCCCUGAUGGAGAUGUGCCAAUGGAUUCCCAGGAAUGAGGACGGCCCUCCAAAGCCUUUCCCUUGGAAGACCUUCUGAUAUUCCGACUGCAUCAGAGUUUGGAUUGUAGGAUCACGUAUUGCCCUCGUCUUAUAUUCCAUCAAAUUUGCAGCCCUUAUUUUAUUUUAUUUUAUUUUAUUAAAGGAUCCCCAUUAGCUUAUGCCAUAGCAGUUUGCUAAUCUUCCUGGGGUCCACAUAAAAUCCACAUUACAAGUAAUACUAUUAAGUGUAUUAAAAUACAGUUCAUAUAUACACAACUAUAAUAACAGUAUACAUAAUACAUCACAAAAGUUCAGCAAUUAUUAAUACAGUAUAAUAAAUAACUAAAACAGUACAGUU